AGUCGCGAGGUGUCUGGGAAGCGCGUGUGCCGCCCGAGGAGGGCCGCGGAGGGCGCGGCCAUGGCUUCUCUGCGGGCCAAGGACGCCUACCUGCAGGGCCUGGCCAGGAAGAUCUGCUGCCAGCCCAGCCCGGAGCCGCGGAAGCGCACGUCCGCCGGCAGAACUCGAGGCUCAGAAGCUGCUGGGCCCCCAAAAAAGAAGAGGAGGAAAGCACAGAAGAAAUCACGGGAGCGGGAGAAGGCUGUGGAGCUGAAGACCCAGGCUCUGGGGGGAGACUGUCCAGCACCUUCCAGGGCCAGAAAGCCGGCAGUAUGUGAGGAGGGAGAGGCCUUCCCCUCCACGCGGUCCCCAGCACAUGGGGAUGUGGAGCAGGGCCCGCUGGCACCAGAAACCCUGGUCACAGAGCCCGACUCUCUGUUUGCCCUGGAUGUCGUGCGGCAGCGGCUACAUGAGAAAAUCCGGGAGGCUCGGGGCCAGGGCCAAACCAUGGAGCUGUCUCUUGCUGCUUUGGAGAAAAGACGGCGGAGAAAGCAGGAGCGGGACCGGAAAAAGAGGAAGCGAAAGGAGUUGAGAGCAAAGGAGAAGGCGGCGGAGGCGGCGGAUCAUCCCCGUGAGCUACCCCAAGAACCGCUGCGAGAGGACAUGCCAGCGGGGCUGCUCUUCAAUAAGGUGGAGGUGACUGCGGAGCAAGCGGCCAGCAAGGCCCAGCGCCGGAAGGAGAAGAGGCAGAAGCUGAAGGGGAACCUGGCGCCGCUGACGGGCAGGAACUACCGGCAGCUGCUGGAGCGCCUACAGGCCAGGCAGGCUCGGCUGGAGGAGCUGCGGGGCCGGGACGAGGGGAAGGCGCGGGAGCUGGAGAGCAAGAUGCAGUGGACCAACCUGCUGUACAAGGCGGAGGGCGAGCGCAUCCGCGACGACGAGUGCCGGCUGCAGGAGGCCCUGAGACGCAAGGAGAAGCGGCGGGCACAGCGGCAGCGCAGGUGGGAGAAGCGCACGGCCCACGUGGUGGAGAAGAUGCAGCAGCGGCAGGACAAGCGUCGGCGGAACCUGCGCAAGAAGAGGGCGGCCCGGGCCGAGCGGCGCCUGGACAAGGCCCGCAGGAAGGGCCGGGUCCUGCCCCAGGACCUGGAACGGGCCGGCCUGGCAUGAGCCUGCGGCCCGAGGGCUGCC